UUGGAUAUGAGAUUUUUGAUUGCUGUGGCUCUUUACCAGACACAUAAAUGAAACAUUUACAAGCUUCUUUUUUUUUGCCCUUUUAUCGAAUUCGGAAUUCGCUUUCACGUCCAACACAGAAAGCACAUUGACUUAUCAGACUUUUCGAGUCCUAGAAGAGCUUCGAAGUACCAAAUUCAUCGUCAUCAAUGGAGCUCUUCGGAGCCACUGCUUUCUCGUGGACCCACUCCAUCUCUUCCUCAAUUCACGUCACUCGCUCAUUCUAUGUUAAGACGUGUGAGACUAGGAGGUUCAGGGUUUGGUGCAGUUCUGAUCAAGCCCAGAAGGCAAAUCAGAUGACUGUAUCAGUGACUGGAGCUACAGGUUUUAUAGGUAGAAGAUUGGUGCAAAGGCUGCAUGCAGAUAAUCACCGCAUUCGUGUCUUGACACGCUCUAGAUCUAAGGCUGAGUUAAUUUUUCCGGUCAAGGACUUUCCAGGAAUAGUGAUUGCAGAGGAGCCAGGGUGGAAAGACUGCAUUCAAGGUUCCAAUGGUGUUGUGAACUUGGCCGGAUUGCCCAUUAGUACACGAUGGUCUUCUGAGAUCAAGAAAGAGAUUAAGCAAAGCCGGAUUAGAGUCACCUCAAAGGUUGUAGAUUUAAUAAAUGAUGCACCAGAUGCAGUUCGGCCUACAGUUUUAGUCAGUGCAACAGCUGUUGGUUACUAUGGCAGUAGUGAAACACAAGUAUUUGACGAACGGAGUCCAUCAGGAAAUGAUUACUUGGCUGAGGUGUGUAGAGAAUGGGAAGCUACAGCCCUCAGAGUAAAUAAGGAUGUUAGAUUAGCACUUAUACGCAUUGGCGUUGUUCUUGGUAAAGAUGGCGGUGCUUUAGCUAAAAUGAUCCCUCUCUUCAUGAUGUUUGCUGGUGGUCCUUUGGGCACUGGGAAACAAUGGUUUUCUUGGAUUCAUCUGGAUGACAUAGUGAACCUAAUAUAUGAAGCUCUUUCCAAUCCAUCUUAUAAAGGCGUUAUCAAUGGAACUGCACCAAACCCUGUUAGAUUGACUGAAAUGUGUGAACAAUUGGGAAAUGUCAUGGGCCGGCCCUCAUGGCUUCCUGUACCUGACCUUGCGCUCAAAGCAGUCCUUGGAGAAGGUGCUUCAGUGGUUCUGGAAGGGCAACGGGUGAUCCCCGCUCGAGCCAAGGAAUUGGGUUUCCCAUUCAAGUACUCCUAUGUGAAAGAUGCACUUAAAGCCAUUCUUUCAUAGGAAAGUUGGCGCAUUAUGUGACAUAAGAUAAACGGGUAUUCUUUAUUCUUUGGGUCAAAGGCGUUAAGGCUCCAGCAAACAUCGACAAAUUGUGCAUUCAGAAUUUAUUCAGUCUGCAUGGAAACCGUUUCCUCGUUUUUCUCGUCUUCGUACAGUUCUAUGCAAAACUAUCAUAGCAUGCACAUCAUAUUGUGUUGGGAUUUCUUCAUCGUAGGUUAUUACAAUGUUUCUGAUGUAGAUUGUAGUAUCGGAUACAGCUACAUGCGUUUCUUCUGUUUAUCUCGUGAUGUACUCUCAUUUAGAAA